AGCUCCCUCCAAACCGUAACAAUGGCUUCGGAGAAGAAGCUCUCAAAUCCUAUGCGAGAGAUAAAAGUACAGAAACUCGUACUUAACAUCUCCGUCGGCGAAAGUGGCGAUCGUCUCACCCGUGCUGCCAAGGUUCUUGAGCAACUCAGUGGUCAGGCCCCAGUCUUCUCUAAGGCUAGGUACACUGUUAGAUCUUUCGGGAUCAGGCGUAAUGAAAAGAUUGCGUGCUAUGUGACCGUGAGGGGAGACAAGGCCAUGCAGCUGCUUGAGAGCGGGUUGAAGGUCAAGGAAUACGAACUUUUAAGAAGGAACUUUAGUGAUACCGGUUGCUUUGGAUUUGGUAUCCAGGAGCACAUUGAUCUUGGAAUUAAGUAUGACCCAUCAACUGGUAUAUAUGGAAUGGAUUUCUAUGUUGUUCUCGAGCGCCCAGGGUACCGUGUUGGUCGUCGCCGAAGAUGCAAGUCACGUGUUGGAAUUCAGCACAGGGUGACAAAGGAGGAUGCCAUGAAGUGGUUUCAAGUGAAAUAUGAAGGUGUCAUCCUUAACAAGGCCCAAACUAUUGGAGCUUAGAAAUGGUUUGAUCAUAUUAAGUUUUGGUGAGUUGUCAUUUUUUAGCAGGACAAUUUUUAUGUUCUUGGAAUUAAAACCUUUUUUGAAGAGAGAACUUUGAAUGUUUACUAGGUGGAAUACUAAUCAUGGUUCAUUAUUUUAAUGUGGAUGCUUUAUUAUUUAUACAAGUGAGUAGAUUAUGCUAAA